AUAAAAUUCAAGUGCUCUAGAAAUGACCUGGAAACAAUUUGUAUUCUAAGCACUACAACGCUGAAACAAUGGGAGGACUUCACGCGUUACAACUGGCAGCGAACUGAGGCCGAGGUCGGCGCUAGUGAACGACUUCGAGAGGCCAUCUUCUAUGUCAUGAAUCAGACUGAAAAUGAACUCGAGGCACAGGCGAGGGCCACUGACUUUGCUCUACGUAAACGAGCUCACGAGGAUAAGGCGGCUCUGGAUGAACUGAACUGGCAGCGGAAACAAGUAAGCAUUGGUGGUCUGAGAUCGGAUGAUUAG